AUGGAGCUUGAUUGGCAGAGCCCACCUCUCGCCAUCUCUGGCAUAUACAAGGCACGCGAAUGGCAGGCAUCCCAAGAAGCCGUAGGAACCUCUAUCCCUCCGACUUCUUCUUCUUUCGUUACACGGCGCCGCUCCUCUAUGGCGCACGCACCUCCUCCUGGUCCUCCUCCUUCCCAACCAAUUCCCAGCGUGCCAGCUCUGCCUUCGCAGUAUGAGAUGUAUGAGGGGAUGUAUGACGGGAUGCCAGACACAUCAGAGCCGCAGCGCGGUACGAUGUCUCAGAUGCACCCUUAUACGCGUCCAGCAGCUUCAGCAAAUCUCGCUGCUGUCGCUGCUUUCUCACAGGCCCGCCUAGCUGCCGCCUCAACUUCUGCCUCUAUAUCUCCUUCUCCAUUACGUUCCUCCUCUUCAUUAGAGAACCUACUGGAUUCUCCACCUCUUCCGGCGCGACGUUCUACCUUUUCAAGACGCUUUACUGCUGCCCAGGAAACCAACUCGGAUCGGUCAUUGUUGGGUCCCACCGACGUGCGGCCAGAGCCCCGGCCGUCUCCGCGACGCGCUCUGACCAAAGCUUUAGAGCUUGCUCGUGAAGCUGUGCGUCUUGACUCUACAAAUGACGACCCAUACGGUGCGGUCGUAGCAUAUGGACAGAGCGUGGCAUUGCUGAGCGAGGUAAUGGAACGUGUCAUGAGGGGCGAAGAUAGCACGGAAAGCCAUAGAAAACAGAAUGGAAGGCGGAGAAGUGUGGUAGCGCAGGAAGAGGAAGUCAAGCGACUGAAGUCGAUUCAUGAUACAUAUGCGGACCGUAUGAAUAUCCUCAGCUUGAUAUACAGCAUACCAUUGCCAUCAACAUCGCCUCCGUCGGCAUAUGCGUCAUCCUUGUCGCAGUCCACCGACUCGACACGACCAUCCUCACCGUCAUCCAUAUCCCCUUCCGCAGAGUCAUCCGAUUCUCGCCAGCAUCUCCAGCCAUCUCUUCGCCCGCGAAGUCGUGACGGACUUCGGUUCCCUUCAGAGACUAUCAGGUUUUACGACAGCUCAGGCGAUGACGAGCUGGAUGCUGCGGAAGCGAUCGGCACUGCUUUGUCCACGUCGACUGUGCUACACUCAGUUGGCCGGACAGCGUCCCUGGGGGUUGGCGCUGGUAGUAGUUCACAUCCAUACGCUGCAAGCUCUGCGACACCCUCUGUAUCAACCAGCCUACCGAAUAGAGCGCAUACUGUGCGAAGCAGUCUGCGACCUCGUGCAUCAUCCAACCUUCCACCUCCUGCCCCACCCCCUACGAAAUCGCCACCGCCGGCUCCGGUGCCAGCGCCUGCUGCUGUGGAAUUGACUGCAGAGCCAACAUCCGCAAGUCAUUUGAAAGCGUCUGAGAGCGGUCGAAGGAGAGGCGAUUCUGUCAGCUCUGCCAGCCAUUCGCGCGCAAAUUCUGCAAGCCGCCUAUCGUCUCUGCAGGAGGAGAGGAUGGAGGAUUUAUCGUCGCCUCCAAGUGAGACGACACCGCUUCCCACUCUCAGCGAUGGAUCUGUUCUGCCAAGGUCGAGAAUGUCGUUGCAUUCUGCACCAUCGUCGGUUGUCUCCCAUGAGUCACACCCAUUGCCUCCUUUGCCAUCUUCAGCAGGUUCACCGAUAACCGCUCGUGUUGCUGCACCUGUUACUGGGAGUGCCUCGGAGCCACCCUCGCCUCAUGUUGCCACGCAGUUCACGACCCCGAGGCCCAGAGGUUGUUCAGGAUUUUCCGUGCGCUCGGAGGCCGCAGCACCCGUGAAUAGGCCAUCGUUGAUCAACACAUCCCCUCAUCUGGGUACCAUCUCGCAGCGACGGCAUAAGACUUCGAUUGUACCGUCGAACCCCUCUUCUUCACCGACUGAGUCCACUGCUUCCGCCGCCUCGAUGCUAAAUACGGGCCGCUUAACAGCAUCCGCAUUAUCUGCAAGCACUGUGUCGAGUUUGGGCAUUGGCUCGCGUAACAGGGCGUCAUCGCAGCCGAGCCGCCGUCCAUCGACAGCCUCAGGUUCUUACUUCCCAUCUGGGGCGACUGCGAUGCCCAAUGGCGCCCCUGCUCCACGAAAGCCGUCGAUCCCCUCUCGUCUCAACCCUAAUGUGCCACCCCAGAUCUCGAUCAACACUGCGUUAAUGUCACCGCCGUUGGGCCCAACGACGAUCAUGCCACUUGUCCCUCCGCCGCCAAUACCCUAUGGAAACAUACCCACUGCACCACUAUCGCCUAUGCCAGCGCUGGCGCCGCCAGAUCCUAUGCGAAAACCAUAUCAUAUGAUGUCUCUUCUCCGGCAGACGAUGACAUCCAAGACGGGCGGGUAUAUUACCCGCCGACUGCAUGUGCCGCAAGAGGUGUGGUCACAGGGCGGCGCGAAGCUCACCAACAUCCCAGAGAAGAUUCGAGUGGUGGAGGUACUAUGCUCCGCGCUGGAUGAACUGCAGCGUUGGAGCGUAGAGUAUUUCGGUGCGGGGAAUGUGAGCAGCGGGAUGGCGCUGGGGAUUGGCAGCAUUGGAAGAAAGGAGGGUGAGCAGUGGUCGAUGAAGCUGGAAGAGUUUGCGAGCGCGUGCGAUGGAGUUGUGGGCAACUUCGGGAAGAAGCUGGGCGUCGGAGAAGGCUUCGUGACCAAAAAGAGCAGUGGGGUUACUUCGUGGGGUGGGAAGCUGACCCGGCAAUUUGACAAGCUCACCAAUGGGAAGAAUCUCGAUUCGCCAGCGGUCUAUGUCCAGGGCUUGUCGAAGCUGUUCCAGCAGGCACAGUUGCUCGAUGAGCACACGAAAGCUGCGUUGUCGGUGCCUCCCGCUCCGCUCUACAUGGGCUUCCCUAUCGAGGUUCGGACCGCGCUCGAGUUCAAGCUGCGGCACGCGUCAGAGUUCUUCGCCAAAGUGGUGCUCACCUUCGUCAUUCGGGACAUGGCAUUGCUCCUGGAUAAAUACGUAAAGAAAUGCGAGAAAUGGCUCGCAGAAUGAUUGUAAGAAGUAAGACUAAUCAUAUUGCGCUGUAUGGGGCCAUGCCCCCUUUACCAUCUGUGACAGUCGUGAAGAUUCCCCCCCACGCAACACAUUGUAACUUUAUGCUCCAGGAUGACUAGAUUCCCCGCAUCUCUGUCCUCUAUGGCCUCCUUGCACUCUCCGUUCGCCCUACUUCGUUCUUUUUGCGGAACUUUCUGUAUGU